AUGGACAAUAGCACAGAAGCCACAGAGUUCAUCCUCUUGGGAUUAACAGAUGACCCUAAUCUUCAGGUCCCCCUCCUCCUGGUAUUUUUGUUCAUCUACCUCAUCACUCUGGUUGGGAAUAGGGGGAUGAUGGUGAUCAGCCUCUCAGACCCCCACCCCCACACUCCGAUGUAUUUCUUCCUCGGUAACCUCUCCUUCAUAGACCUGGGUUACUCAUCAGCAGUAGCCCCUAAGACGGUGGCCACCCUGCAGUCAGGGAGCAAAGUCAUCUCCUGCAAUGGCUGUGCUGCCCAGUUCUUCUUCUUUGUGGGUUUUGCCACUAUCGAGUGCUACCUCCUGGCCUGCCUGGCCUAUGACCACCAUGCAGCCGUAUGCCGGCCUCUUCAUUACACCACCACCAUGACAGCAGGUGCGUGCGCCCUCCUGACUGUUGGCUCCUACGUCCGUGGCUUCCUCGAUGCUUCCAUUCACACAGCAAACACCUUUAGACUCUCAUUCUGUGUUUCUCAUGAGAUUAAUCAUUUUUUCUGCAACAUUCCUCCACUCUUGGCUUUCUCGUGUUCCAACACACACAUCAGCAACUUGGCUGUCUUCUGUGUCGUGGGCUUCAGUGUCUUUUUCAUUCUCCUGGUCAUCCUCAUCUCUUACCUCUUCAUAUACAUCGCCAUUCAAAGGAUGCGUUCUGCUGAAGGACGGAAGAAAGCCUUCUCCACCUGUGCCUCCCACCUCACUGCCGUAACCAUCUUCUAUGGGACUAUCAUCUUCAUGUACCUACAGCCCAGCUCCAGCCAGUCCAUGGACAUGGACAAAAUCACUUCUGUGUUUUACUCGAUGGUGAUUCCCAUGCUGAAUCCCUUGAUCUACAGCCUUAGGAACAAAGAAGUAAAAAAUGCUCUCUGGAAAGUACUCAACAAACUUUAUCCCAAGCCUGUAAGUGUGAAUAGGAAAUAG